AUGUGUGAAUCCUCAUGCUGUAUUGAGAAUGACACACACACAGCUUUACUUUCUUUGUGUUGUUCUUCUUGUUUCUGCUGUGUGAAUAGGAAUGAUCAGUCUGCAGAACUGCAGGAUUCCCACCGACUAGUAAAUGAUGGUCUACAGAGAGUAAAAGACCAACACAAAGUCAGCAUGAAGAACAAGUAUGAGAGCUUAUUUGAGGUAAUCAAAAUACAAAAGAAUCAAACCCUCCUGAACAGCAUCUACACACUCUACAUCAUAGAGGGAGAGAGUGGAGGGGUGAAUGAAGAACAUGAGGUUUUACAGAUGGAGAAAACACCCAGAACACAUCUAUUGAACACAAGAACACAUCUACAGAACACAAUCUACUGUAAUGAUAUAUUCAAACCCUCAACUGAAACAGCAUGUGGGACGAAAGACAAAAUCAAGACUGUUCUUACUAAAGGCAUCGCUGGAAUUGGAAAAACCGUCUCUGUGCAGAAGUUCAUUCUGGACUGGGCUGAGGGACAAGCCAAUCAGGAUGUAGAUUUCAUGUUUGUGCUUCCUUUUCGAGAGCUGAAUUUGAUUCGAGAUCAUCAGUACAGUCUUCACAGACUUCUGCUGGACUUUCAUCCUGAACUUCAAGAUCUCGGCUCCGAGAUUUACGAGGAGUGUAAAGUUGUGUUCAUCUUUGAUGGUCUGGAUGAAAGCAGAAUGACUCUGAUGUUUUCAGACAAUGAGAAAGUUUCUGAUGUGACUCAGACUUCAUCAGUGGGUGUGUUGAUAUCAAACCUGAUGAGAGGAGAUCUGCUUCCCUCUGCUCUCAUCUGGAUCACCUCCAGACCAGCAGCAGCCAAUCAGAUCCCUUCCAAAUACAUCAACCGUGUGACAGAAAUUCAGGGAUUUAAUGACGCUCAGAAGGAGGAAUAUUUCAGGAAGAGAAUCAAUGAUGAGAAUCAAGCCAGCAGAAUAAUUUCACACAUCAGAAGAGCAAGAAGCCUCCACAUCAUGUGCCACAUCCCCGUCUUCAGCUGGAUCUCAUCCACUGUUCUUCAAAAGCUCCUGAAAGAAGAUGUGAGUGCAGAAAUCCCUCAAACUCUGACUGAAAUGUACAUCCACUUCCUGCUGAUUCAGAUAAACAUGAGGAAUCAGAAGUAUACAGAGACAGAUACAGAGAAACUUCUGCAGUCCAACAGAGAAAUGAUUGUGAAACUUGCUGAACUGGCUUUCAAUCAGCUGAUGAAGGGUAAUGUCAUAUUCUAUGAGGAGGACCUGAAAGAGAGCGGCAUAGACGGGACUGACACCUCUGUGUAUUUUGGGAUUUGCACUGAGAUCUUUAAGGAGGAAUUUGUAAUUCAUCGAAGAAAGGUCUACAGUUUCAUACAUCUGAGCUUUCAGGAGUUUCUAGCUGCUUUCUAUGUGCUUUACUCCCAUCUGAUGAAAAACAGGGAGCCAUUGCAGUGCUUUCUGGGUGACAAACCUGAGCUGUGUAGAUAUAAGAGAAAAAGGUACAUAGCUAUGAGAAACUCUUUGUGUGAGCUACUAAUAUCAGCAGUUGAUAAAACCCUUCACACUGAAAAUGGAAACCUGGAUCUUUUUCUGCGGUUCCUGCUGGGCAUCUCACUGGAGUCCAAUCUAGAUCUUUUAAAUGAACUACUGUCAUACACAGAGAGCAGCUUAAAUAGCAUCAAGGGAAUUCCUUUGUACAUAAAAGAUAACAUCAAGGGAUAUGAACAUCUUUCAGCCAACAAAUGCACGAGUCUGGUCCUCUGUCUGCUGGAAAUGAAUGAUCAGACUCUGUACAGAGAGAUUCAGGAGUUGGUGAAAUCUGACAAAUGCUCAUUGUUGCAAUUCUCUCCUGCUCACUGCUCAGCGAUCGCCUACACACUUCAGAUGUCAGAGGAGGUGCUGGAUGAGUUUGAUCUAAUGAAAUACAGAACAGCAGAUGAGAGUAGAUUAAGACUGAUACCAGCUGUGAUGAACUGCAGAAAAGCUCUACUUGCUGGAUGUUGCCUCACUGAUCAGCAGUGUGAAACUUUGUCUUCAGUUCUGCGAUCAUCAAACUCCCAUCUGAGGGACCUUGACCUGAGUAACAAUGACCUGCAGGAUUCAGGAGUGAAUUUGCUCUCUGCUGGACUGAAGAGUUCACAGUGCCAACUGAACAUACUAAGACUUGCUGGAUGUCAUCUCUCUGAUCAGUGCUGUGGACGUUUGUCUUCAGCUCUUCAGUCUUCAAGAUCCGAUCUGAGAGAGCUGGACCUGAGUAACAAUGACCUGCAGGAUUCAGGAGUGAAGCUGCUCUCUGUUGGACUGAAGAGUUCACUCUGUCAACUAAACAUACUGCGAUUUGCCUUAUGUAAUCUCACUGGUCAGUGCUGUGAAAGUUUGGCUUCAGCUCUACAAUCAUCAAACUCUCAUCUGAUGGAGCUGGACCUGAGUAACAAUGACCUGCGAGAUUCAGGAGUAAAGUUGCUCUCCAAUGGACUGAAGAGUUCACACUGCCAACUGAACAUACUAAGAUUGUCCGGCUGUAUGGUGACAGAGGAAGGCUGUUGUUACCUGUCUUCAGCUCUAAAUUCAAACCCCUCACAUCUGAGAGAGCUGGAUCUGAGCUACAAUCAUCCAGGAGAAUCAGGAGUCAAGCUGCUCUCUGAUUUACUGAAUCAUCCAAACUGCACACUGGACAAACUCAAUGUGGAUCAUGGAGGAGAGGUGUUUUUCUCCAUCAGCCCAGAGAACAGCACUAAAGUGGAGAAGACCAACACAGCCUGUCCUCAUGUGAACCUGUGA